AUGGCAGGAUCUGGGAAGACCACGUUCGUGCAGCGCCUGGCCUCCCACAUCUCUGCCACUGGCAAGACUGGCUACCUCUUGAACCUGGACCCGGCCGUCGCCAAGGUGCCAUACAACUCUAACGUCGACAUCCGAGACACGAUCCACUACAAGAAUGUGAUGAAGGAGUACUCGCUGGGUCCCAAUGGCGCCAUCCUCACCUCCCUGAACCUGUUUGCCACGCGCUUCGACCAGGUCAUAGACCUGUGCACCAAGCCGCGGGACCCCCCUCUAGACUUUGUGGUGGCAGACACCCCCGGCCAGAUCGAGAUCUUCACCUGGUCGGCCUCCGGGGCCAUCAUCACCGAGGCGUUUGCGACAGUGCUGCCCACCGCUGUGGUCUUUGUGGUGGACACGCCACGAUGCACCGCUCCCCAGACCUUCAUGAGCAACAUGCUGCAGGCAUGCAGCAUCCUGUACAAGACACGGCUUCCCAUGCUCCUCGCAUUCAACAAGGUCGACGUGGCGCGGCACGACUUUGCGGUGGAGUGGAUGCAGGACUUUGAGAUCUUCCACGAGGCCCUGGCAUCCGAUACGACCUACGCAGCCAGCCUCAGCAGGUCCAUGUCCCUCGUACUGGAGAAAUUCUACGAGAAUCUGAAGGCAGUGGGCGUCUCUGCCAUCACUGGAGAGGGGAUGGACGAUUUCAUGGCGGCUGUGGCGGAGUGCCGUAAAGAGUACGAGGCAGGCUACCUCCCGGAACUCAAUCGCAGGAAGGCGGUGCACGCCGAAACGGAGCAGCGAAGGAGGGAGGAGGAGCUGAAGAGAUUAAGAGAGGACCUCAAGGGUGGCUCCACCGGCUCCCGCUUUGUGCCGGUGAGUGCCACUCCAGAGAAUCAGCAAUCUCCCAUCGACGUCGCGAGGCGCGAGAAUGCGGCACUCAAGCAGUCCAUCAACAAGACCGAGGCCUCCGUGAAGAAGCUCUCGGGCAAGCUGUCCGAUGCAGGAGUGGAAGUGCCGCCCCUCAGCACUGCCACGGUGGGCUCCACCCGUACCAAUGGCAGCAAUGGCGGCGCCACGGCUGCUAAGACCUCCAAUCCAGAGCCACAAGAUCCAGAGGACUUCUGGUCUCCAGUCAAGCAUGUGCCUGACGGAGUUGCAUUCCAGUAUCGGUGGCAUAUCUUCAAAAGCAUCCGGUCAGCCAUUGAUGCCAACGAGGGCGGCCUAGACAAGUUCUCGCAGGGGUACAAAUACUACGGCAUCAACCGCGGCGAGCAUGAGGGCAAAAAGGGCCUCUGGUAUCGGGAGUGGGCGCCCGGUGCAAAGGCGGUGGCCCUGAUUGGGGAGUACAAUGGGUGGAAGGCGGGUCCCGAGCACUGGGCCACCAGGAACGACUUUGGGGUCUGGCAGCUGUUCCUGCCCGACAACGAGGACGGCACCCCAGCCAUCGCCCACAGGACCAAGAUCAAGACUCGGCUGGAGACGGCGUACGGGGAGUGGGUGGAGCGCAUACCUGCCUGGAUCAAGUGGGCGACGCAGGAGUGGAACGAGAUCCAGUACAACGGGGUGCACUACCAGCCGCUGGAGGCGGGCGCCCCGGGGGUCUACGAGGAGAACAAGGCAUACACAUUCAAGUACCCGCGCCCGGACCGGCCCCGCGACCUGCGCAUCUACGAGUGCCACGUGGGCAUGUCUUCCAAGGACCCCAAGGUCAACUCCUACCUGGAGUUCAAGGAGGAGGUCCUGCCCCGCAUCCGGUCGCUGGGGUACAACGCCAUCCAGAUCAUGGCCAUCCAGGAGCACGCCUACUACGGCUCCUUUGGCUACCACGUGACCAACUUCUUCGGCGUGAGCAGCCGCAGCGGCACCCCUGACGAGCUCAAGGCCAUGAUCGACGAGGCCCACCGUCUGGGCCUGGUGGUGCUCAUGGACAUCGUGCACUCCCACGCCUCCAAGAACACGCAGGACGGCAUCAACAUGUUUGACGGCACCGACGGCAUGUACUUCCACGGCGGCGGCCGCGGCUUCCACUGGAUGUGGGACUCGCGCUGCUUCAACUACGGCAACUGGGAGACGAUGCGCUUCCUGCUCUCCAACUCGCGCUGGUGGAUGGACGAGUACAAGUUCGACGGCUACCGCUUCGACGGCGUGACCUCCAUGAUGUACCACCACCACGGCCUGCAGGUGGCCUUCACCGGCAACUACGACGAGUACUUUGGCAUGGCCACCGACGUCGACGCUGUGGUGUACCUCAUGCUGGUCAACAACACGCUGCACGACCUCUUCCCCACGGCCAUCACCAUCGGGGAGGACGUGUCUGGCAUGCCCACCUUCUGCAGGCCCUGGCAGGAGGGCGGCGUCGGGUUCGACUACCGCCUCAACAUGGCCAUCGCAGACAAGUGGAUCGAGCUGCUUUCUGAGUAUGAUGAUUACUCAUGGAACAUGGGCAACCUCACACACACCAUGACCAACCGGCGCUACGCCGAGCCCUGCGUGGGGUAUGCGGAGUCCCACGACCAGGCGCUGGUGGGGGACAAGACCAUCGCCUUCUGGCUGAUGGACAAGGACAUGUACGAGCGCAUGUCCCUCUCCGGACCCAGCUCUGGCGCGGUGGACCGCGGCAUCGCGCUGCACAAGAUGAUCCGCCUGAUCACCAUGUGCCUGGGGGGCGAGUCCUACCUCAACUUCAUGGGCAACGAGUUUGGCCACCCCGAGUGGAUCGACUUCCCACGUGACGACACCUACGACACCAGCACGGGCGCCUUUGUCCCCGGCAACGGCGGGUCCCUGGACAAGUGCCGCCGGCGCUGGGACCUGGCCGACGACCCCAGCCUGCGCUACAAGUUCAUGGCCGCCUUUGACCGCGCCAUGAACCACCUGGACAAGGCGUAUGGCUUCGUGGCAGCGGAGCACCAGUGGGUGUCGCGCAAGGACGAGGGCGACAAGGUCAUUGUGGUCGAGCGGGGGGACCUCAUCUUCGUGUUCAACUUCCACCCCGUGUCGUCCUUCACCGACUACAAGAUUGUGCUGAGCAGUGAUGAGGAGGUGUUUGGUGGGUACACCAACGUCAGCAAGAAGUAUGACGCCGAGAUCCACACAGAGGAGGGCAACUACGACAACCGCCCACACUCCAUGAAGGUGUAUGCGCCGUCACGCACAGUGGUGGUCUAUGCACCCGCAGACACCACCGACGCCAAGGCCGACUCCAAGCCCGAGGGCAUCCCCGGGCUCGGAGUCAAGGGAGUUGGGCCCUACUUUGCCGUGUGA